CCCGCUGUUAGUAUGGCCUUAGUGUUUUGUAUACCGGCUCUGAUCCAGAGCAGUGCAGGCAGCGCCGACCCCUUCAGCCUUAUAUACACACCUCCAGGGGAAACUGUGUUAGUGACUCGCUCGACAGUCGAUGUAUCGCCGAUUCUAUCAUAAGAUGAAAAUUCAUCUUCUUCUGAUCCUGAUAAUACCAUACAAAGUGCUGAGCUUGCCGAGUCGAAUAACAAACUCGAAACUACUUGUACCAGCUACGACCGAGUCGCCAGCAACGAUCGUAUCAAACGUCAUACCAAGCUCAUCCACGAGGAAAAAGAAAGGUCCAAGUUUACCUUACCAGUACCAGAUACAACAACUUUAUGUACCAAACCUGCACGUGAUACCGCUGAAUAGUAAUACUUCCCACAUCAACUCGAUACCGGUGUUCAUACCUGUUCACAACCUGCUACCAGUUCACGACCUGACAGUGAUUCCUCUCAGGGUGACUGAGAAUGUGUACAGGAUGAACAACGACCGUGAGCUCUACAGGAAUCCUCUCGGCGGUUACGGAGUCGGUUGGCGUUUUGGAGGACAUGGGGCCGGCCAUGGCUUUCAUUACGCUUAUGGUUAAGCAAUAAACUAUCUAUUAAAC